ACACAGAUCAUAUGAGAUCAGACCCAGGCGGAGAAAGUGCGCUUUCUCUCUCUCUCUCUCUCUCUCUCUCUCUCUCUCUCUCUCACACACACACACACACACACACACACAUCUGAAUACAUGCAGCGGGAAUUUAUUCACAUUGGAAUAUUAACCCGAGAUUGACAGCACAUAGGAGAUAUCGGAGAAGAUGAUGGCCUGGCGGUGGAUGGUUCCAUUGUUCCUACUCGGGAUCAUAGCAGAGGUUGCUGUAAGAGCCAGUCCGGAGGUAAACGACAGCCAGCAGCAGAUCCCUAAUAAUGGAUACACUGACCUUGGGUCUACCAGACAGAAGAUUGUGACAGCGCAGUUCGAGUGCUAUCAGAAGAUCAUAAAGGACACCGAUGUCAGAGCUGGCCUGAUGUGUAACCGAACAUGGGACGGGUGGCUGUGUUGGGACGACACUGACAUCGGAGUCACUGCUCACCAGCAAUGUCCAGACCACUUCCAUGACUUUGACCCUGCAGAAACAGCCACUAAGGUGUGCAUGGAUAACGGCCAUUGGUUUAUGCAUCCAGAGAGCAACAGGACGUGGACGAAUUACACCACCUGUAAUGCACACAGUAAAGAAAGCAGAAUGACCGCAUUGAACCUGUUCUACUUAGCCCUGAUAGGACACGGGCUGUCUCUGGUCUCUCUGUUCAUUUCACUCGGGAUAUUUUUCCAUUUUAAGAGUUUGAGCUGCCAGAGAAUCACCCUGCACAAAAACCUCUUUAUUUCCUUUAUCUUGAACUCUAUCAUCACCAUUAUCUGGUUAACGGGCGUGGCCAACAACCAGGAACUAGUGCAGAGGAAUCCGACAAGUUGUAAAGUUUCCCAGUUUAUCCAUCUCUAUCUCUUCGGGUGUAACUACUUCUGGAUGCUGUGUGAGGGAAUUUACCUUCACACACUCAUUGUUGUGGCUGUGUUCGCCCAAAAACAGCAUUUGAUUUGGUACUAUCUUCUUGGAUGGGGUUUUCCACUGUUACCAACUACAAUACAUGCUGUAGCCAGAAGCUAUUAUUAUGAUGACAACUGCUGGAUCAGUUCAAACACGUCUCUGCUGUACAUCAUCCAUGGGCCGAUCUGUGCUGCGCUGCUGGUGAAUCUCUUUUUCCUGCUCAACAUCGUGCGUGUGCUCAUCACCAAGCUGAAGGUGACUCACCAGGCCGAGUCGAGUCUGUAUAUGAAGGCAGUGCGUGCCACACUUAUUCUCGUUCCUCUGUUGGGAAUCCAGUUCAUCCUCCUUCCCUAUAAACCUUCCGAACGUGUCUUAACCGAGAUCUACGACUACGUCAUGAACAUCUUAAUGCAUUAUCAGGGUCUUCUUGUGGCCACCAUCUUCUGCUUCUUUAACGGAGAGGUACAGAGUGUGUUAAGGAGACACUGGAAUCAGUAUCGGAUGCAGUUUGGUAACGCGAUGGCCCACUCCGAGGCGCUCAGAUCGACAUCUUACACGGCCUCGUCCAUCACCGAGGUGCAGGGCUGCUACAGCAUCGACGGCCACAGCGAACACUUAAACGGCAAGAGCUGCCUAGAUGCCGAGAAAUGUGAGAAUUCUUUCAACUGAGAACGUCGGCACUCUGAUCGCGAAGGUCACGUGACACGUAGGUCGGCGCGUCUAGGAAGGGUUUAAGGAAAGUUUACUGCUCUCACACUGCCUUAUUAUUAUUACCUUAUACAGCGCUUACUAGAUGGACACAAACAUGUCUUUAACAAACGACAAACUCAAUGGUGACACUUUUUUUAAGAGACACAGAAUAAUUUCAUAUAAUAAUACAUUUGUCAGUGAUGAUCCGUAAUUAAGAAUUACUAUUAUUACUCAUUAGUAUGUAGCCUUCUAACCACAGACACCAUACAGAAGUAAGAGACAUGUAAUCAAUCCUGAGUCAUAUAGGUAAUAUAUAAAUAUAUAUAUCAAACUUUUUUAAUGAUGAAAAGCUUUCAGGGAAAUGGAAUUGUCUGUUCAACUCUCAACGCAAGAGUUAUUGUGUCAUAAAUUAUAAAAGCAUGACAACCUAUUUGUACAAUAUGCAAAUAUAUUCUGUAAUAUUUGAUAUUGACAUUGGGGGUGUAAUUUGCAUAUUCAUAGAAUAUACAUUUAAUUAGAAUUUGCGGAAGCAAUAGUUUGUUGGUUGGUAUUAUUACUAUGCCCGACGUGUUUGGGGCUCUCCGAAGACGAUCGCUUAGAAAACGAUUUAACAAAGCAAAAACUAAUUAACAAUGAGCUACAUCUAAACAGAGUGAUUCUUUUUGAUUUCUAGAGGAUUGCAAAAAAUUCAGCUGUACAAUGUUUAUGAAUUGAGGUGUUUCAAAAAAUAUAUAAUGCAUUAGUAACUUAACCCCAUGUAAAUGUUAAUGAUUACUAAACUUAUAUAGCAAUUAUAUAUAAUCAAUAAAUCAUUAAAAUAAUACAUUUAAACAAGUGAUAAAUAUACUGAUUAUCCACUAUAUGGACAAAAGGUGCUUAGGCUUAAACCUGUUCCACCAUGAUAAUUCCUCUGUGCACAAAACCAGCUCCAUGAAGAUAUGCUUUACAUGGGAGUUGGAGUGGAAGAUCUCCUGCUAUCUCCUGCUCCAACCCUAUUUAGAAGCUUUAAGAUGAAUUGGUACACUGACUGUACCUCCAGGCCUCCUCAAUACUUGACUUUACUAACUCCUUUCUGGCUGGAUCUCACACAAAUCUCCACAAACCCACUCCAAAAUAUAGUGGAACAUCUUCCCAGAAGAGUGGGGAUUAUUCUAACAGCAAAUGGGAACUAAAUGUGGAAAUGGAUGUUCAAAAAGCAUCAAAUUAUUUUGAGGCAUCCACAAACUUUUGUCCAUAUAGUGUAUGAAUGAAGUUUUUGUAUUGAAUUAUAGGAAUUGUAAAUAAUCUAUUUUAUAAGAUGAAUUCUCUUUUUUCUCUGGAUUGUUCAGAUGGAUGAAGGCUACAUGCGUAGCCGCUGCCGCUAAUAUGCUGUAAAAGAAAAAUAUAUGUAUAAAUAUAUAAUUAUAGGAAAAUAUAUAUAUAUAUAUAUCCCGCUAAGGGAAAACGCCAGUAUCAUUUCCUAUAUUAUAUUCAGGAUAGCGCUGUAAACUGAUGUAGUGGUGGUUUUUGUGUUUAUGCAUCGUGUCUUGUCUGUAAAUCACAUCAGAGUUUGAUGUUAUAAUACAUGAAGCACCCAUGGCAUUUGUUUUUGUAAUAUAUUCACGUUCAACUUGCACAAUGUUGGUAUGAUGGAUUUGUGAAAAUGAAGAUGAAUGAAUGUCAUUGAUUUUGUAUAGAGGCCAUUGUUCAGGUCAGGAAUAAAAUCCAUUUGCAAGAAAAAAAAA